AUAGAUUUAUUUACAGUAAAGGCUAUAGUCCUAUCAACCACCUCCAUGGGGGUACCAUGGGACGGGGUGGGGGGGGGUUGAAAGAAUGAUGCUGCGUCCAACAGAUGAAGCUUUGCCCUGUACAGUUGAGGGUUAAUACUAAGCGAAGAGGCGUGGUUUAGCGAAAUAGUCAACUGUAGGGGGGGAAAAAACUACCAAGACAUUCACUGACAAGUCAUGCUGCCAGUGUUGGACAAGCGCCACAUUUGUUGGUUGCAUGGUCACGCGUGGAGGCUCGUGUGGUAGGCGCGCCCACCUGGAGAAGGGGGGGGCGGGGGGUUGACUUUUGUGCGAUCGCCGCUUUCAGCCUCGCCUCGCCUCGGCCGCGAGGAGGCUUGAGAUUCGGGGAGCCGAAGACGAGCCCAUUCAUAGGAUCGGGUGGCUUAAGAGGUGAACGGGCGGACGGAAUCAAGACGAAAAUGUGGAUCAAAUAAAGUCAUCUCGGGUGACUGCUCGGUCAGGAUUGUGGAGGCUUUACGUAACGCUUUUUUGGAGGGAUUGCGGGUUCCGAGCGCUUUAAUCACAGCCUGGAAUCACAGGUGGCAGAAAGACACAAAAGACAGAAGUUUGUCCUCCCCCAGAAUGAUCGGUACGGACAACAUCCUCCAUUACAAGUGAGUACAUCAGGAUGACCGAGAGUCAAGUACCGGGAGGAGGAGUUGCUGCGAUCGAGGCCGAUGUCAUCCGCCACACGGUCAACCCCGUGGCAAGCCCUGACAAGGCCAGGGAUUUACAUACAGGUUUUGUCCAAGGGUUCUUGGGGGACAAACCAGACUUCAACCUCCCUACAGUGCUUGAGAAAGAAUAUCUGCUGGAUGGAAGACUGAUAACUGAAAACUAUGCUCACGAUUGUCAAAAAGGUAACGGCUCAUACAUGGCAGGUGCAAAUAAGCUUCAUCUCUCCAAAGAAAAGAACGAGGUGGACUUUCCAUCACAGGUGAACUCGAGUGUGUCCCACGUGCAAUCCAACUGUGCAAGCAGUCAAAUCCCCAAUGGCGCAAGAGCGAAAGAGUUACGCAUUGCUGAUACUAAACCAGCAACAGAUCAAUCAGACCCAUCAUGCAAUCCAGAGGGCGGCUCAGAUGCGGUCAAUUCAUUGUCUGGUAGAACCGAGCCUGAUUUAGUCAUCGAAGUUGGCGGUCAGACGAUCAACGCUCACAAGUCAGUCCUGGCAGAAAAGAGUGACUACUUCAAAGCUCGGCUGUCGCGAAACAUCCUCAAAGUGAAGGGCAUGAGCUAUAAGACUUUGUCGACCUUAAUUGACUAUGUUUACACUUCCCAGAUGAAUGUUUCCAAGGACAAUGUCGUAGAUGUCAUCACGGGGGCCAAAAUCCUCCAGAUCCCUUGCGCCGUGCAGGCAGCCAUGGACCGCAUGACGGAACAAAUCACUGCGGGCAACUGCUAUGAGAUUCUGAGUAUCGCCAAAAAGCAGCGACUUAGUGAACUGAAGGAGACCGCUUACGGUUUCAUGAGCGACAACUUCCUGCAGAUCCUCAAGGACCCCUGCGUCUACGGGCGUCUGACCGGGUCAGAGCGCGAUCUGGUCCUGAAGAAGAGAACGGACGGGAGGAAGACUCUCAUGGCCGCCGAGAUCAACGACGUGUUUGAACGCGUCGGGAGCCGGCCACCGAGCCGCUGCGGAAGCCGUCCCCAGAGCCCGUUGUCCGUGGGGUCUCUGGAGGAAAGUCACACGAUCUACUCAUUCAGCCAAGUGGCCAACGACUGGAAUGCUUUGACAGCCAUGCCGGAGGACGUCAAUACGAAAGGCUGUGGAAUCUGCACAAUGUACAACUACCUGUUUGUGGCAGGGGGGAUAAGAGGCUACGGGGACAAGGGGAGGGUAUCAGACAAGGUCUUCUGUUACAACCCCAAAACAAACAACUGGGCAGAGAUCCGACCCAUGACGCAGGCCCGUGCCCAACUGAAGCUGGUGUCCAUGGAUGGCUACCUGUACGCUAUCGGAGGGGAGUGUUUGUUUACCGUCGAAAAAUAUGACCCUCGCAUGGACCGCUGGACCGCUGUGGCCCCUUUGCCGAAGGGAGCCUUCGCUGUAGCUCACGAGGCCACGACCUGCAACGGGGAGCUUUACGUGUCCGGGGGCUCGCUCUUCUAUCGCCUCCUCAAGUACGACACCAAGAGGGACGAGUGGCAAGAGUGCCCGUACAACAACAGCAGGAAGAAAUCGACCGAUAUGGUGGCGCUGAAGAGCUUCAUCUACCGCUUCGACGUGACCCGCGAGCAGGGGAUCAACGUGUUCAAGUACAACAGCAUCGUGAAAAUGUGGCACGAUUGCGCGUCGCAAAGGCUCGGCAGCUCGUUGCCGUUUCGGUGCGCCGUCGUAGGCAACUGCAUCUACUGUGUUAACAAAAGCCAGACUCUUCAGUUCGUGGUGGAGGAGGAGAACGCCUUCUUUGUGGAGGAGCCGCUGAGGGCGCCUCUCGAAGCCAAAGGCGUUCUUUUUCCUUUUGUGCUUACGUUGCCUGAAAAGCCUGAGAAAGUUCCGCCCGGGUGCAAUCCAGCGUUACAAAACUAGAACGCAGACCAUCGUAUUCGCUGUCUCUCGUGUGUCAGCUGUCUGUAUUAGUGCGUCAUUGCCCGUUUGCAGAAGAAUGUGCGCAUUGCAUGGCAAUUUAACGUGUUUGCGGAGACGAGCCUUAAAAAGGGAACAUUCGGUGUUGAGUGAAUGCAACGAUAUUAGUAUGAUGGAAGUGACAGUAGAUUAGUACAAAGUACUCCUGGCUGGUGUUGUUUGGUGCACUUUUGUGUUUGGAUCGUAUAUUAAUUACACCAUGUGGGCUUAUCGACAUUUUGUUGCAAAAUGUGCAGGUGAAUGAUGCGAUCUGGCUUCUAUACAAAAGAAACAGCUAUAGGGCUUCACUAUUGAUGACUGGAAUGUCAGUGAAUGGAUUCAGAGCAGUAUUUUUCACAAACUGAGGGACAAGGGCACAAUAUCCACCCACCGUUCAUUUUUUUAUACCGUUGUCAUUAAGGUUCGAUGUGAGUGAGCAGGAGGCAAUCCCAGCUGUUUUGGGGUGAGAGAUGGACCAGCCAAUUGCAGAGGUCACAUGAUCAACAUUGGCACAAGCUGCUAUUAAACACACGGAUACAAAGGCAAGCUUAUUUAAUGUAUACUCUGUAGUACAUUUCAUACACAAGGCAACUCAACGUGCUUCACACAAGCAAACGCACAACCCCUAAAAUCAUUUACAAACACAAUAGCUAACGACAUUCAGAAGCAAAGCACGUAAAAUGAAAGUAGCGUAGUAAAGAAUGUACUUUGACAACAUUUAAACUGCCGAAUAACGACCGAUGUGAGGAUAAGAGGAUUCGAAAAUGGAUGGAUGCAUCUAUACUCAUGGCUAACUUCACCUCAUUUAACAAUUUAUUCCAUAUGUGUGCAGCAUAACAGCUAAAUGCUGCGUCACCAUUUUUGCUUUUAACUCUGGAUGCCACUAAUUGGCCCAAGUCUUCCAGAGGGGUCAAAUCCUGGUCUAGAAAGUAAAAAAAAAACGACCAUAGUUUGGCUUUAGCCACAGGUGCUUCUGCUCAACGGGCACCACUCCAGGAGUACCUGUGGAGAAGCACCCAAGACUAAAGCCAAACUGUGCUCUGGCAGGGCUUUCACUUUCUGGACCUGGAUUUGUCACCUCUGAAGUCUUUAGACUUAAAACUGUGACAAAAUAACAUCUUACCAUCCUUUUUCAAUAGCGUUCGCCCUCAUUAGGGUCAUGGGUGAGCUGAGCAU